AACGCGCGCGCGAGAGAAAGAGAGAGGCCGAGGGGGAGAGACGAGGAGAGGACGACUAGUCACGCGACGUAACGCGGUCCUCGGCUCGAACGGGAGGCAGGACCCACUAGUUGUAAUUAUAGUUAUCUCCGCGAUGUUCCCGGAAUGCUUUGCUUCGACCCCUCCCUUCAGCUUACCGGGAACCAAGAGGGAGACGGUGCGAAUCGCCUCGAGGACAGGACGAAACGAUACCACAGCGCAGAUCCCAGGAGAGACAAAGAGAAAUCAGAGAAAGAGAAGAGGCAGGGGGCCGAGGAUGAAAGUUACAUGUAUAUAUAGAGAGAGGGAGAAAGAAUUCAGAUCGCAGAAGAGAGUAGUCCCAGUGGCCGGUCUUGGACAAUCGCGAACGAUCUGUCGGAGUGAACGGAACGAUCGACGGAAGUAGGUCCUCCAGUUCUCCGAGUUUCAUUCAAGAGUUGCAUCUCCGGAGCUGACACAAGCCUGGAAAUGAGAAGCCUCAUUUUAGUCGUCGUCUGCGCGCACCUGGCCCUUGCUAUGGUCGCUAGGCACCACAGGGACAGUGGAUUUCUGAACCACGUACAACUGGUGCACGAGUUUCGGUGCUCUAUGCCUCAACCGAGAGCGGUGCCAGUGGAGGAGCUGCUAACUGUUGGUCCAAGUCCCGACGAAGUUUUCUAUCCGGCUUCGACGGUCCUGACGCGUUGCGACGGUGCCGGGUGUUGCCCUGACCCGAAACAGAUUUGCGCGCCCGUCGAGACUAGGAACGUCAGUCUGGUGUUCACGGUGAAGCACACGAUCGACCGGCAACGAGACAGACACCAUGAAGUGAUACACGCGUUGGAGCACACCAAGUGCGGAUGCGUCGACAAGAAACUGAUCAAGUUCGACUGAUCCGAUCGGACUGGUGUUGUAAAGUAGUUGCGAUUAGUCUCUGUUGUUCGUGUACAAAAACGUAGCGUUCUAGUUAGGCGAUAAGGCGACUUAGAUGUAAGACAAGUUCCUCGGUAUAACACCUUUCAGGACACCCGACUGUGAUAUUUUACUAACGUAUUACAUUGUUCUCUGUUUAAUAUAUAAAUAAACGGUCAACGUUUCUUCGAUAA